AUGUUUCAAAUGGCAAAACAUCUCUUUACUAUCCUUCUAAGUUCUAACUGUUAGACCAUUAUUUUCAAAAUUCACUAUGAGAGCAUACAAACUCUUGUGGCUUUUCUUGAUACAAUUCUGCUUAAUAAACUAUAGUGCCAACAUCUUUCCAGCAAAUGGUUAUUUUCUUGGCCAUCAGUGUUCCGUUGUCCUCCAUUUGAAAAAUAGCCUAAUAUUCAACUCUACAAAAUCCAAAAAGCUUACCCUUUGGAACCAAACUGAAGAUUGUUGCCAAUGGCAUGGGGUGACAUGCAAUGAGGGGCGUGUUAUAGCCCUUGAUCUCAGUGAGGAGUCUAUCUCGGGAGGACUCGUUAAUUCAAGCUCUCUUUUCAGCCUUCAAUAUCUACAGAGCUUGAAUUUGGCUUUCAAUAACUUAAGUUCGGUGAUUCCUUCGGAGUUGUACAAGCUGAAUAAUUUGAGUUAUUUGAACUUGUCUAAUGCUGGAUUUGAGGGGCAGAUUCCAGAUGAAAUUUUUCACCUCAGAAGGUUAGUUACUCUUGAUUUGUCUUCUUCAUUUACCUCAAGUCAUAGACUGAAACUUGAGAAGCCAGACAUAGCAGUGUUUCAAAACCUUACAGAUAUCACAGAAUUGUAUCUAGAUGGUGUAGCAAUAUCUGCCAAAGGACAGGAAUGGGGUCAUGCUUUAUCUUCAUCGCAGAAGCUACGUGUUUUGAGCAUGUCAUCAUGCAAUCUCUCUGGACCUAUUGAUUCUUCACUAGCAAAGCUUCUGCCACUCACUGUUCUAAAAUUGAGCCACAACAACAUGUCAAGCGCAGUGCCAGAAUCCUUUGUAAAUUUCUCCAAUUUAGUCACACUAGAGUUAAGAAGUUGUGGCUUGAAUGGUUCUUUUCCAAAAGAUAUAUUCCAAAUAUCAACGUUGAAGGUCCUUGACAUCUCAGACAACCAAGAUCUUGGGGGUUCUUUGCCAAACUUCCCACAACAUGGUUCUCUUCAUCACAUGAAUCUUAGCUAUACAAAUUUCUCAGGAAAGCUUCCAGGUGCAAUUUCCAAUAUGAAGCAGUUAUCUACAAUUGAUCUAGCUUACUGCCAAUUUAAUGGAACACUUCCUAGUUCAUUCUCAGAACUCAGCCAACUUGUUUAUCUAGACUUGUCUUCCAAUAACUUUACUGGUCCACUUCCUUCUUUUAAUUUGUCCAAGAAUCUCACAUAUUUAUCCCUCUUUCAUAAUCAUUUAAGUGGGGUGUUGCCAUCCAGUCAUUUUGAGGGCCUUAAAAUGCUUGUCAGCAUUGAUUUGGGGUUUAAUUUUUUCGGUGGGAGUCUUCCCUUGUCUCUUCUUAAACUCCCAUAUCUGCGAGAAAUUAAGCUACCUUUUAAUCAAUUCAAUGGUUCCUUGGAUGAGUUUGUGAUUGCCUCCCCUGUACUGGAGAUGCUUGAUUUAGGUAGCAAUAAUUUGCAUGGGCCUAUUCCUUUGUCCAUUUUUAAUCUCAGAACCCUUGGUGUCAUUCAACUUAAGUCAAACAAAUUUAAUGGCACAAUACAAUUGGACAUGAUUCGCAGGCUGAGUAAUUUAACUACGUUUUGCCUCUCACAUAACAAUUUGUCAGUUGAUAUAUACACUAGAGAUGGUCAGGACCUGUCACCCUUUCCAGCUCUAAGAAAUCUAAUGUUGGCAUCUUGCAAGCUGAGAGGAAUCCCCAGUUUCUUGAGAAAUCAAUCUUCAUUACUAUAUGUUGACCUAGCUGACAACGAGAUUGAAGGACCAAUACCUUAUUGGAUUUGGCAAAUUGAAUAUCUUGUUCACUUGAAUCUUUCAAAAAAUUUCCUGACAAAAUUGGAAGGAAGUGUCUGGAACUUUAGUUCUAACCUUUUGAAUGUCGAUCUAAGUUCCAACCAACUGCAAGGGCCUUUUCCUUUCAUUCCAACUUUUGUAAAUUAUUUGGACUACUCAAACAAUAGAUUCAACUCUGUCAUUCCACUGGACAUUGGAAAUCGUCUCCCUUUCGUAAUAUGGUUGUCUCUUUCAAACAACAGUUUUCAGGGAGGAAUCCACAAAUCCUUUUGCAAUGCUUCAAGUCUUCGCCUGCUAGAUCUUUCCCAAAAUAAUUUUGUUGGGACAAUUCCCAAGUGUUUUUCUAAGUUGAGUAUCACUCUUAGGGUGUUGAAGUUAGGUGGAAACAAACUUCAAGGAUAUAUUCCAAACACUCUGCCAACUUCAUGCACUCUAAAGUUAUUGGAUCUAAAUGACAAUUUCUUGGAGGGUACCAUUCCAAAAUCUUUAGCCAAUUGCCAGAAACUACAGGUCCUAAACCUUCGAAGAAACAUGUUAAAUGACAAAUUUCCUUGUUUCUUAAGUAAUAUUUCCACCUUACGGAUCAUGGAUUUACGGUUAAACAAACUUCACGGGUCAAUUGGAUGCCUAAGAAGCAGUGGUGAUUGGGAAAUGCUCCAUAUUGUUGAUGUGGCCUCCAAUAAUUUUAGUGGUGCAAUACCAGGAGCACUAUUAAACAGUUGGAAAGCAAUGAUGCGUGACAAUGUUAGACCAGAAUUUGGCCACUUAUUCAUGGAUAUCAUUGAGGGCUAUGAUCCCAAAAAUUUUAAGGAUUUAUUGGCACAUUUGGACAAAAAUAUUGUAGCAAAAUUAGUUAAACUUGUUACAAACAUAUCUCGCUCUAUCCUUGACCAGGGAUCCUCGGAUUCAUAUGCAGUGGAUCUUUCUCGAUAUCAAAAUUCAAUUCUUAUUACUAACAAAGGUCAACAAAUGCAGUUGGACAGAAUCCAAAGGGCCUUCACUUACGUGGAUAUGUCAAGCAACAAUUUUGAGGGUCCAAUACCUAAUGAGCUAAUGCAGUUCACGGCAAUGAUUGCACUUAACUUGUCAAAUAAUGCCCUCUCAGGUCAUAUCCCACAAUCUAUUGGAAAUUUGAAGAAUCUUGAGUCUUUAGACUUGUCAAACAAUUCUUUCAAUGGGGAAAUUCCUACAGAGCUUGCAAGUCUAUCUUUCCUUGAAUAUUUGAAUCUCUCAUAUAAUCACCUAGCGGGUGAAAUUCCUACUGGUACUCAAAUUCAAUCAUUUGAUGCUGAUUCCUUUGAAGGGAACGAAGAAUUAUGUGGAUCUCCACUGACCCAUAAUUGCAGCAAUGAUGGGGUGCCAACACCGGAAACGCCUCAUUCCCAUACUGAGAGUUCAAUUGAUUGGAAUUUAUUAAGCAUAGAGUUGGGAUUUAUCUUUGGCUUUGGAAUUUUCAUCCUCCCCCUUAUUCUUUGGAGGAGAUGGAGACUGUGGUAUUCCAAACACGUAGAAGAGAUGCUUCACAGAAUCAUCCCCCAUCUUGAUUUUGUGUAUGAACACCAAGGAGGGCAUAGAUACAGAACUCUAUGGUGGAGGUAUUGAAAUCUAAGUGUCAAAAUAAGGACGGCGUCCAUUAACAAUGUUGAGCCAAGUGAUAAAGCAUAGCAGUAAGUAAUCUCAAGAUGUUUUUAGUGGUUGUUUCAUAGUUCCCUCAUUUUAAGUUAUAUUCAGUUGUAAAAUGGAGAUGAUACUUGUGUAGAUGUUUGAGUGUACCAUGACCAGUAUAUUUAGCAUAUUCUAAGUUCCAACAAUUUAAGUUUAUUAGAUAUUUUAUUUCUGGUGUGUUAGGAUUGUGGUAAGUGUAUUGGUCGUAUAAGUAAUGUAGUGAGAAAGUAAGAAUGUUGUUUA